AUGCCCACCGUGAUGGAGAACUGCACCCAAGUCACCCGAUUCCUGCUGCUGGGGCUCACAGAGCAGGAAGGGCUCCGGGGCAUCCUCUUUGUGCUCUUCCUGCUCAUCUACUCAGUUACCCUCAUCGGAAACCUGGGCAUGAUCAUCCUGAUCCACACCAACCCACAGCUCCACACGCCCAUGUACUUCUUCCUGAGCGUCCUCUCCUUCAUAGACUCCUCCUUUUCCACCGUGGACACCCCCAGGCUGCUAGAGAGCUUCCUCAUCUCAAGCCAGUCCAUCUCCUUUGCAGGCUGUGUGGUCCAAAUGGCUCUCAUGACUCUCCAUGGCACCGCUGAGUGUCUGCUCCUGGCCAUCAUGGCCUAUGACCGAUUCACUGCCAUCUGCCACCCUCUCCUCUACCACACCAUUAUGUCCCAGCGUCUAUGUGUCCUACUGGUGGUGUCCACCUAUACUGCUUCUGUUGCCAAUUCAGCUUUGCUAACGAGGCACAUCUUUAAGCUGCCCUACUGUGGCCCCAAUGUCAUUAACCAUUAUUUCUGUGACAUCCCCCCUGUGCUCCAUCUGGCGGUCUCCUAUGCCUACAUCCUGGUGACCAUCUGCAGGAUGAAUUCCCUGGAGGCACAGAGCAAAGCAUUCUCCACCUGUGCCUCCCACCUCACCGUCAUCUGCCUGUUCUAUGGCACCACCACCUUCAUGUAUGCUCAGCCGAACUCUCCCAAUUCCAUGGACCAAAACAAGGUGGUGUCUGUCUUCUACACUGUGGCCAUCCCCAUGCUGAACCCUCUGAUCUACAGCCUGAGGAACAAGGACGUGAAAGCGGCUUUAAAGAGGAGAUGUUCUGGCAAACUGCCUUUGUAA